AUGCUAACUAGGCAGAUUUCAAAUAUAAGAACAAACUACUUCAAAAUUGGCCACGUGAAAAAUGUUCAAUACUCAAUAUACACCACCGCAGACAAUAAUGAACAGGAGCUCUUGGAGUUGGAAUUGAGUCUACGUCACAAGAAUCCGAAUAUUUUAAUUACAUACUACAACAAAUGCUUAUUCCACUUCUUGAUAGACGAGGGUAUUCACAAUCAGCAGCUGUCAUUGAUCGAGUCCAACCCUGCUGUGAGUAUCAAAUUUCAAUCAACCGUAGCUGCGGAAAAGUUGGCCAAUCCACCCAAAACAGUUGACAAUGAAGAAUACCUCGCAUUUGCAAGCAUUAGUUUCCUUAGAUCAUUGAAAAAGAUGAUAUUGUACAAUUUGUCGGUGCUGAAAGUUGUUAAGGUAUUUGGUAACCAUUGUGUUGCCACUAAAAAUGACGCAUCAUACCGGAUAAUAUGCAUUGAUCCUUUACUUCUCACCAAUGGAGAUAUGCUCAUGUCUUGUGUUGAACGGAAAACACCUGAACUUUAUAGUUCUUCGUUGUUGUUCCCAAACGAAAGUUUCAAAAGUCAAGCCUUUGUUGUAUAUAUUCUACCCAGCGGUAUCAGGUGCCAUCUAUUCGACCCUACGAACUUCAAAAGUAAUUUUGUUACAAAACCACAAUUUGAGAACAAACAGCUACUACGAUUACUUCAGUUAAACACGGGAAUUGAGAGCUUGCAGGGGGCAACGUGGGUGAAACUAAUACCAAAUUUGAAGCAUUUAAACAAUCAAACAUCCCCCAUUUCCAAAUUUGUUCACACAGUGGAAAACAAGAAAUAUAUAUUGUGGCCUUGGAAUCUUUGUCUUUUACAAUUCGGUUUGCGAGAGAAGAGGAGAAAAGACUUGGAAUCGACAUCGAAGUACGCCAAUCCAAUGAACUUGUUGUCUGAAUUUCUUGACUUUAAUAUUGGUCACAACGCAGAACUAGAAAGGGUGAAACAACAGCAGCAACAACAACGAGAAAAGCUUGAGAUGCAACCGAUAAACAUACCUACAAACAACCCCACGUCUUUUCCCUCAGCAAAACAAGAUCACUACAGUCCUUCCACUGGAUCUACAAAUACCGCGAACGAUGCAUCCAGAAAUUUGGGUCCACUAGAUAUAGGCAUUAAUACGCCUUUGGGAGGUGACAUCUUUAACUUGCAGGUUAAUGACAACUUUUUUUCUAAACAAGAAGCUAAUGCCCCAGAAGAGAAAGCGUCGGAUGAUGAUAACGAGAUGGAAAUUGACGAAUUAUUUGGCGGGGAAGAGGAUGCAAGUGAAGACAAUCCAAUUGACGAAAACUGUUCUGGCUCGGCUGAAAGAAUAGCAGAGAAGAAUAAUGAGGAUGGUGUUGACACAUUGUUUGGAAGCAGUGCAAACCUGGAAUCUCCUCUACCUGAAAGCGAAAAUAAUCAAGAAGUAACAUCAAAUAGAUUUGAGUCAACUUUAGAUGGUCAAUCCAGAAAAAUACUUCCUUAUAUUGACAUUUUAAGUACUGGAAUGACAGUGGAAAAAUCCACCACUCCCAUAUAUUCUGACCCUGGAGCUCCUGCUCCGAUAAACCCAACCCCUAUGAUGUAUUCAAGCAAGAUUUCGGCAGAUAGUACGUUUUUCAAGCCACAGAUAGAUACUCAAGGGGAUGGCCAUCGGACUAACGGGGACGUCGAAGCGACGGUGCAAAACAAACAGACCCUCUUUUCUCCAUUGGCCUUUCAUCCCGUGAUCAAAAAGGAUAUCGAUACAAAAUACGGCAAAGGCGGAAAGUUUUAUUUCGACAAGGACGUGGAUGGAGGUGGUAAAUUGGGCGUUAGAGCAACAAGUGUGAGCGGAACGUCUCCGCUGUCAUUACGGGAAGUAAAAAAGCAACGUGUUCAAUUGGACUACGACUCCAAUAGUGAAGAAAGUGACGAAGACGACGAUCUGGAUGAGAUGUCACAUCUUUCGGACGAGCAACGAGAUACAUUUCAUCAGUCAAGCCAAGUCAAUGCAAUGGGAGCAAAUAGUGUUUUGGAUUUUGGAGUGACAAGUGUUGGUCCCGAGAAGUCUAUGUUAUUUACGCCAAUGUUGCCCACAGGUGGUUUUGGCUCACCAUAUGUCAAUAAUUUCGGAAAACUGGCGGGUAAACCGGAUACACCUUUACCUCUAAACGAGAUCCACUCUUCGAUGACACCGGCAUUCUACGAUGCAUCAAGUGGGCAUCAGUCUCCACAGCUGAACAAUUUUGAGACCAAGAGGGAAACAGAGUCCCCAACCAAAACCACUGAAACGUCCAACUUCUUGCCAUUGAUUUUGAGAAAUGUGAAUGUGUCGACUAUUCCGAGCUCGUUUUUAAUGAAUAAUUUGGUCAGUGAGAGAUUAAUACCAACAUUUUCAAUGACAGAGGACGAAGGUGACAAUGACUUGGAGACUGCGAAUAAGGAUGAAUUGAUUGUAAAAUUGGGGCACUUGAAAGAGCUAUUAAAUUUCAUUUCGAGCAACAUCGUUUUCGAUUUGGGAGCCACCUCAAAGAUGUAUUCCAAGUUUGGCCUUGAAAUCGAAAAGGAUUUGAUCUGCUCCAACGUAGUUGAGUAUCAAACUCCGAACAAUGAGUUUUUACAGCGAAUAAAGUCAAUCUUUCCCCUUUCUUAUCAAGUUUGCUUGCUGGAGUUUAUUUUUGACAAUAAAUCUGUUGACGAGGUUAGCAUUCUUGACGAGGGAUUAAGCUUUUUGGAACACCUCACUGAAGAUAGAAAUCUGGAGACCCCAAAAGGCAUAACGAAAGAACUUGAUUCGUUGACUUGGAGUUUUCUGGAUAGCGCCGCAAAUCAGGAGAGUUUUGAAAAGUAUAAUAUGUUGUUACAAAAAUUGAGUUCCCUCUCAUGGCUGCAAGAUAGUCACAUAUUCCAGACAGAUGACGUAAAGGUUCAAGUGAAUAAGAACGGCAGCAUCAUCAACCUCAACAGUGUUGGACUUGAAUUUUGGGAAUACUUGGAUUUUGGUCCCGUUGGAGGGCAAAAGAAUUUUCAGUUACUAGCUAUCGGUGAGACUUCGGAAUUUGAGUCUAGUGCUUAUCUCCACGAGUUCACUGAUAGGCUCAUUAAUAACUACAAAAGCUGCAACUUUGGCUCAAUAUCGAAAUUGAACUUAUCUACGGUUGACACGAGACCUGAUUUGGAACCUGUGACUAAUGGAGUUAUGCUAAUGAGUGAGAAUCUGUCACUCAAUCAUGCUGGCUACAGCCAGGUGAACAAAAAGCUCAAUUCUUUAGCCGAGUUGAUAAAAUUGGAUUUGAUCAACAAGACUAAUAAUUUUGAAUUUGAUAGACCGUUACUAGUUCUUUUCAUCAAUUUUGACGAGAGUUUCAAUUCAAUCCUUCAGAUAUCAAAAGUGCUUCGAAACUUCAAAGUGGCUCUUUUAAAUUUCCAAGUGCCGUUGGUUCAAAUAUUUGCAAAGAUUGUACCCGCGUCUAUGAUUUCGAAGAAAGUCGGAUCAGAUGUCACCCUAAACUUGUUCAAUAACUACAGUUUGUCAAAAAUAUCACUGAUCUUAUACAACGAAUGUCCCCAAGAUGGAAGUCCAAAGCUUAAAGCAUGUCAACUAUACGCUCCUUUAGUAAAGGAAGCGCCUUCAAGAAUCCCGUUCAAGUUUAUUAACAACAGCUACCGUGAUAUAGCAGGCUCAGACGACACAUUCAUCCACGUAGCAUACGAGAGGUCUAUUGAUAAAAACUGGUUUGCUGCUGCUUGGACUGAUCCGUUAGGUCUUGUGAAGCAUACAAAGUCAUGGUACUGUUCCCUUGGUGGCGGUGAAUCAAAUGGGACAAAGCCUUCGUCCCAUGGCUUCCAGAACGACAGAAUGGAUGUUGCCGCAAUUGCCGACGACAUUUGGAACAUCUCGUCGGAGCUAUUUAGCGCAUUGAAUCGAGUUAACGAGCGAGAAAAUUCAAUAGGAGGCAAAAGGUUCUUGGUGUUAACGAGAAUCAAUAGUGUUAUUCCCGAUGAUGAGUUAGUACACUGGAAACGCCUCAGUAUGAGAUAUAAAGACAUCUCCUUGAUAGUGUUAUCUGUAAACAGAACUCCAAAAUUGACCCUAUCGUUGAGUGCAGAUAACUUUAUUUCAACUUAUAACUCACCCGAAAGAGAUAGGGAUAGUUUUUUCAGCUUCAGAAAUUCAAACAAUGUGAACAACACAUCGCCAAAUACUUCAAAUGGGGGCUCAGUGUUGGUGACAUCGCCAAAUGGCUUGACGUUUCAUUCGCCACAACAAUUCUUAAAUGUGCCUUCUAAUUUUUUGUCUCCGCAAGAAGUUCCAACUCCAGGAGCCAGUGGGGGAGGAAUAUCGGACACUCAAAACGAGCCUGACGCAGUAUUGAAGAGCGCCGAUGGAGACAUUUUUGGGAUAGUUCCUCAGGUGCAACUCCCUUCUUUCAAUUCACCAAGCAGGAUGAACAUGAAAACAGGAUACCUCGUCAAAGAACAAGCUGUCACUUUAAGUGACAAUGAGAAAGGAUUGUUGGUGUUUGAAGUUAAUUUACUUAGUUGCUCAAAUUACUGGAAUUUGGAUAGUUUGAUGAAAAUGAUAUUGAAACAGUACAAGAGCUUGACAGUUUUGAAUGAUGUCCUCGGUAUGAGGCCAGUCAAUCAUUUCAGUGAAGCAGAUUCUGAGAGACCCACUUAUUCAGAAAUGGCAUGUUUAGUUCCCUGGCAUGUCAAUGCCGUGGGGAAGUUACUAAACUAUUUGGUGCAUAUAUAUGUAGAAGAGUGA